AUGAGUUCAGACCAGAGCGGAGAGCCGCCGCUGCUGCAGGAGGAGGCUGAUCCCGGACCGAAGACCGGUGGGAAGGACGAGGCUCCGCUGGGGAGCGACGGAGGGUCAGGCGGCAUGGUCACCUCUAAGGGCGCCGGUCUAAAUCCAAAUGCCAAAGUGUGGCAGGAGAUGCCCGUGGCCCCCAGCGAGGCUGUUACCAACAGCCCUCAUUGGCCCCCCUCAGACAUCAGUGAGGGUUAUGCUGAGCCUUCGUCAGCCGGGUGUAAGCCGUACACUGUGGGAUUCACGGCCCUGGAUGACAGCAGCUCCACAGCAACAGCUGAGAUAGCAGUAAAUGGAAUGGACCCUCCAGAGUUGGGCUUUUCCCCCGCUGAGUCCACCACCGGGACCUCAGUAGAUUCCAAAACGGAAGAACAACCUCAGAUCUCCUCUGAGAGUCUACGAGAGUCUCUGAAGAAGGAGCUGGAGUUUUAUUUCUCCAGAGAAAAUCUAUCAAAGGAUCUGUACCUGAUGUCCCAGAUGGACAGUGACCAGUUUGUCCCCAUUUGGACUAUCGCCAGCAUGGAGGGCAUCAAAGUCCUCACCACUGACAUGGACCUCAUCCUGGAUGUGUUGAGAUCCUCUCCUAUGGUACAAGUGGAUGAGAAAGGGGAGAAAGUUCGUCCUAAUCACAAGCGGUGCAUUAUCAUCCUGAGGGAGGUACCUGAAACCACACCUGUUGAGGAAGUGGAGGCACUGUUCAAAAAUGACAACUGUCCAAAGGUGAUAAGUGUUGAGUUCGCACACAACAACAACUGGUACAUCACAUUCCAAUCAGACACAGACGCUCAACAGGCAUACAAGUAUUUGAGAGAGGAAGUAAAAACAUUUCAGGGGAAACCCAUUAUGGCCAGGAUAAAGGCCAUCAACACAUUCUUUGCAAAGAAUGGCUACCGUAGCAUGGACAGCAGCCUGUACGCUCAGCAGUCCCAGAGCCAGUCCCAGUACAGCUCUCCGCUCUAUAUGCAGCCCGUGUACCCCCAGCAGCAGUACCCGGUCUACGGCAUCGUACCUCCCACCUGGACGCCUUCGCCCACACCGUAUUUUGAAACUCCUCUGGCCCCGUUUCCCAACAGUAGCUUUGUGAAUGGAUUUGGCUCAGCCGGACACUACAAAACGGGCUCCAGUUCUCUUAAUAUCACUCGCCCAUUCAACAGAAACCGUGUUCCCCUCUAUUCAAGAAAGAAUGUAAUAAAUGCCUUCAGAAACCAUGUGAAGCCCCAGGUGAGGACGAGUGAGGUGACCUCAGCGUCUAUAACUCCGGUCCCCCUGGAGAGUCUGACUGGACUGCGCAGCCCGCAGCCCACCGCUCCUGUUGCCACCACCAUCCCAGUCCAGUCGGCCUCUGACCUGAGCUCAGCAUUCUCACAUCUCUCCUCCUCUUCCUCGUCUUUGGACCCCAGUGAUGACGGCGGCAUGGCUGGACGUGGAAGACGGAGCACAACCUACAGAGGAACACGGAGAAGGCGAGAAGAUGAAAGGAUUGCGAGGCCUGUACCGCUAGCAGAAGUCAAGGUUUCUCAACCCAAGUUUGACUUGGCAGCUACUAAUUUCCCACCUCUUCCUGGCUGCGUGGUCAGCACACAAGGAGAGCCAGUGCUGGAAAACCGAAUGUCAGAUGUUGUUCGCGGUUUGUACAGGGACAAGACGGAACAAGUCAAUAAAGAAGUCACUGUGAGCCCAGCUUCAGGCCAGCCACCAGUCACAGAGGAGGCUGUGGCGGUCUCGAGUCCUGCCCUGGCAGCAGCCAAAUCUGCUCCACAACCACUUGGCCCCUCAGCCCCUGGUAUCACUCGUCUGGAGAAGAGGGUGGAACGUGCGGCGCCUCCAGCUCCAAAAGUGGCUCCACGCGCGCCAGUUCAAACUACCGUAAACCCACCCCCCACCACACAACCCGUGCCUAGCGCCAGGCCUCAGCCUUCUGCCUCCACACCAGCGACCCCCAGCACGCCCGCUCCUGCUACAGCCACUAUUCCCACCCCUGCACAGGAGCCACGUAAGCUCAGCUACGCCGAGGUGUGCCAACGGCCACCCAAGGACCCUCCUGCAGCCCCUGCCCCAGCCCCAGCCCCUGCUUCCACGGGCACUGCCUCAGGCCAGCCGUUACGCGAGUUGCGCGUGAACAAGGCUGAGGAGCCGGGCUCCAGCAGCGGCCCUGGAGACAAGCAAGAGAGAGGCCACGAAAGGGAAGGGGGAUGGGAAUGCAAGGAGAGCCGACCACCACGUGAACGUGACUCUCAAGGCUACUACCGCAGCAACGGCCCCAGAGGCACCGGGGGUCUCAAGUUUCGAGAACAGAGGCGUCCACCUCCAGCCCGACGCAGCUCCCCGCAGGGAGGCUACAGGCACACUGGCAAAGAGCAGAAUAUCCCACCAGUAUCGCCAAAGUAAAAACUUGAUAUGAAUAGAAAAAAGAUGUAUGAAUAUAUACAUGGAUAUAUAUAAUUAUAUAAAAAUGAAUAACAUAAAAGCAACAACAUUAUGGUAGCCACCUUACCCCCCCCCCCUGGAACUUGUCCAAAGAAAAGCUUUUAAAAUGACAUUAAGACCGGGACAUCCAGGACAAAUGGGCAAAAUGACACCUGAAGAACUUUGAUGAGUGAUUUGAAAAGGAAACAAAAAAAAUCUUGUUUUGGCCUCCAGCAUUAUGCUUAAAAUAAUUUUAAGUGCGAUUUAUCUGGAGGCAGUCUCAUUUAUGCUCGGCUAGGGAAAGGUGGGAUGCUGGGCCGCGUAAACUGCCCUCUACCUUUUUUUUUUUUUUUUUUUCUAUUUUAAAGAAUAGAUGUCUGCAAGAACAAUAUGCACUAAGAAGAAAAGAACAUGCAUAUAUGUCAUGUACAUAGAAAGAUAUCACUAACACGCAAUGAGACAUCGGUUUGUUUUUUUCCUGUGUGCUUAGGUUUGCAAGUAUGACUGAAGGGUUGACUGAUGUCUGUGUAUGCAUUGAUUGUUAAGCAACUUGAUUGGAGUGCUACAGUGUGCUGCUGCACUGAUGUAAUGAAAUGGAUGAUUUUUGAUUUUUACAUCAGACUCAAUCAUUGUCCUGAAACUGGACAGUGUGGCUUCUAAUGUAUAUUAAUGAAAUGUGUUCUACGGUGGUAUUUUGAUCCUGGUUAAUAAUUGGCUUAAAUUGUAUCAGUCGGAUAUCAGAAACUGUCGAUGUACACAGCAGUCAGAUGUGUGGUUUUGUUUGAAGCCGAAAUCCACUUUGGGGUUCUCACUGAACCUGCUAGCCUGGUCCAAAGUUUUUCAUGUUGAGUUUUAUCUCUUAUCGAUCUGAACCGUUUUGGUGAUGGAUUCAGAACAUUGUCAUGUUGAUAAUCAGUCAGGUUCUCUGUUUACAUGUUUGUUUUGGUAGUAGGGUGACGUUUUCAAAGAAAAAAGAAAAAAAAAGAAUAGGUUAAGAUUUGACUGUUCCCUGCGCCUGGUGGUUUAGGUGAGGUUUGGCUUUUCUACAUCAUCAAUGGAUAUCCAGGUUCAGCUUAUAUCUGUGAAUUGUUCUUAACAAUGGCAUAGUGUCAAAAUUAGACUGAGGAGUGCUGUUAGCUGAGGAUGAUGGCUACAUAAUAUUUGGCAGCCAAAUCGUGGGUAUAAAGAAAAUUGGAACAUUUUCCCGUGCUAAUGUGCCAGCUGCCUACGAUCAUAGUGUGCUAGGAUAACGUUUUGAUUUUUAUUGACGAGGUCUGCUAAAUAAUGUAGUCUUUGGGAAAAUUUGGCCUCGUAAAACUGGAUUUUGAAGAAGCUGUAGAGGUUUAGUUGCCUAUGCUAUAUUUUGAUAAUCCUUCACUAGAAAUGUGUGUGGGAGAAUGUAAUUGUUCUAGUUCUGAGGGAGGCUUCUGACGGCAAGUAUCCACCAUAUUGUUUUGUGCUUUUAGGGUGAGUUUGCUGGCUUGUUUGUUUUUUUUCUUUCUCUUCUAUCCUUUUUUUUUAAUUUUUUUGCAGCAGAUUGACUUAGAAUUUGAAGUUUGACUCACUAUGUAUUUCUUUUUAAAUGUAUUUAUUUUAAUUCUCAUGCACAACGCUUUUCUCCCAAUCUUGGUAGGCUGGUUUCCCCAAAGUUGUGUGAAAUCGCAUUGGCAAAAUAAAAUCACCCAUAUGACAUUUAUAUACUGUUGGAGAUGUCAGCUGAGCGAAAAUACUUGAUGCAUUGACUUUUGGGUUUAGUAAUGCAGUAAAACGAGUAACCAAUCACUGGGGCUGUUAAUUUCAUUAUGAGUAUGAGCAGCUAGUGAUUUAGUAUAAUUAAAUAAAUGCACUAACUUGUUUUUAAAAAGAAUCUUACUCAUGAGUAAUGUGAAAUCAUUUUAGAAGAAUAUGGUUGAUGUUAACAGGCUUGCAAAUACCUACAGUAAUCCCCCGCUCCAUAUGUUUGGGUUAUUUUCUGUUAAUUCGGGUUGGGGUGGCAAAAGUAUAUAGUAACGGAUCAACCAAGUGUUUGAGACACAAUCCUAGAACUGUAUGAAAUGUCACCAAAAAUAAAUUAUUUUGAUUUGG